CAGAUUAGGAAAGUCCAUCGAUUGUGUAGCAUGGCACAACUCGAUAUAUCGAUCUAUUAUCUACCAAUAGAAUAGUAGUACAAUGUGUUACUACAGUCUAUAUACCACUAUUUACUUGCCUAGUGCCCAGAGGUAGGCACUGACUCGAGUUUUUGAACAUCUUCAUAUUGUGCAAACAUGGAGAAACACCAAGGGACCAUCCCUUACGAACGCCGAAAACCGUGUAAUAGGCGCAGAAACUUUUUGCUCUGUUCGCUGGUUUUCAUCUGUUUGAUACCGUUUUACUUCAGUCCCUCGUUACGCUCGCGGACUGGUCACUGCUUUAAGUCAUCGAGCAACCGACUAUAUCGUAGUGACCCAGAGAAAUGGUGCCCUCUUCCGAACGUCACCUCUCCCAAAGAUGAUGGCCUUAAGUCAAGCGAACACCUUAUGGACUCUCGGGAAUUCCAAUUGGCAGUAGAACGGCUCUCGGCAGCAGUGCGCGUUCCAACAGAGAGCUUCGAUGAUAACGGCGAUGUCGAUGAGGACCCCCGUUGGGCGACAUUCCAAGACCUCCACCAAGUCUUGGAGAAACUGUUCCCGCUCGUACACUCGCAACUUGAACUUCGUAAGGUAAAUAGAUACGGCCUUCAAUACACAUUCAGGGGCACAGACCCCUCACUUAAGCCUAUCCUCUUGACGGGACACCAAGACGUUGUCCCUGGUGGUACAGCUUCCCGUUGGACCUAUCCCCCGUUCGAGGGACAUUUUGACGGAACCUUCGUAUGGGGCCGAGGGGCAGCUGACUGCAAGAGCGUUGUCAUUGGAAUUCUUUCGACCAUUGAAGACCUGCUAUCGCAAUCGUUUGUGCCGCAUCGCACUAUCGUGCUUGCUUUCGGCUUCGAUGAAGAGACCGGUGGCCUCAGGGGAGCAGCCUCUUUGAAUCAGUCCCUAAUUCAGGAAUGGGGGUCAGACUCAUUCUUAUUCAUCUUGGACGAGGGCGGAAUGGGUAUUCAUAAUCAGGGAGACGACAUUAUUUAUGCGUACCCGAGUGUGGGGGAGAAAGGUUACUAUGAUAUUCAAUUAACCCUUGAAGUGAAUGGCGGACAUAGCUCAAGACCACCAAAACACACAGGUAUUGGCAUCAUGGCAGAUGCAAUCGUGGCUUUGGAGAACAACCCGUACUCCCCGCAGCUAACUCAAUUCAAUCCCUUCCGAAGAGUGUUGGAGUGUAGAACAAGAUAUACUCCAGAUGAUGUUCAGCCCUGGUUGCGCGAUGAACUUCUCGACGGAAACGAAAAAGAAAUUGCAAAUAAGAUCGCCGGCGAGGAAACAGACGACCAAUGGCUGCUGAAAACAAGUCAAGCCAUCGACGUAAUUACUGGCGGGGUUAAGGUCAAUGCUCUGCCGGAAAGUAUCGAGCUACAGGUGAACCAUCGGGUCGCACUGCAUGAUUCGGCCGAAUAUAUCAAUCGGCACAUCCAAGAAGUGUUGACUCCCGUCGCACAGAAAUACGGGUUCUUGCUUGAAGGAUUCAAUACCUCAAUUUCUACAGGCUCGAGCUCAGACACUGUCUCAUCCAAUGUCUUACGGGCGCGGUCCUUGCAGAUCAUCCACCCAUCCCCGACCGCACCAACUGAUAAUGGUGUAUGGUCGAUCUUCAGCGGCACUAUAAGACAUGUCUUUGAAUCUACAGAGAGUGCACAGGGUAGAACCGUUAUUCCUGUUGGAAAUAUCAUGACAGGAAAUUCGGAUACAGUCAACUAUUGGGACCUCACUAAGAAUAUCUAUCGGUUCACUCCUUCGAGAAAUGGUACAAGAAUGAACCAACAUGGAAUCGAUGAGAGGAUGGGAGUUACUGCGCAUUUGGAGGGCAUGAGAUUAUACUAUGACUUGAUUCGCAACUUUGAUAGCUGGAAGGACGAAUGAAUUAGGUG